AUGACAAAGGCAGCGGGGAAAAAGAGUCGGCCUUACUUCGGACUGACCGGAGGAUGGCUGACUUUUUGGGUGACGGUUGCCUGCGCAACAGAUAUGACCCUCUUCGGUUACGAUCAAGGCGUUUUUAGCGGCGUGGUCAUCACACAAGACUUCCUCGAAAUUCAUGACCUCGUCGGGCCGACCAAAACGAAAACCUUGUCCACUGUAACAGCAAUCUACGAUGUCGGUUGUUUUCUUGGGGCUAUUCUAGCUUUCACAAUGGGUGAAGUUCUAGGUCGAAAGAAGACUGUUUUGGCGGGAACCACUAUCAUGGCUGUUGGGGCCGUUCUACAAGCGACAUCUUUCAGCUUGGCGCAAAUGUUUGUGGGGCGCAUCAUAUCAGGAAUUGGAAAUGGCGUCAACACUGCGACAGCCCCUGUGUGGCAAACCGAAACUUCGCAACUCAAAUGGCGUGGAAAGCUAGUAAUCCUCGAAAUGAUGAUGAAUAUUGCCGGCUACGCCUUUGUGAAUUGGGUUAACUAUGGCUUAUCUUUUGCAGGCGGUGCCAUUGCCUGGAGACUCCCACUUGCAUUGCAAUUUUUGUUCCUCUUUAUUUUGUGGUCCACCACCCCUUGGCUUCCAGAGUCACCUCGAUGGCUUUUGGCGCAUGGCAAGGAGGAUGAGGCUGUGGAGGUGAUCAGUUGCUUGGAGGCCAAAUCACUAAACGAUCCUUUUGUCAUUGCACAGCGCAAUGAAAUCAACUUCACCAUCGAAUACGAACGUGACAAUUCGGUUCGAUGGCGGGAUCUGUUAAAGAAGAAACCAAGUGACACAAACACACUUCGUCGCCUUCUCCUUGGCGCCGGCAGUCAAUUUAUGCAGCAAUUUGGGGGCAUCAACAUCAUGUCUUACUAUCUGCCGACUGUGCUCAAAGGCUCCGUGGGAUUUUCGGACGAGAUGGCACGCUUGCUAACCGCUUGUAACGCCAUCUCAUACUUCUUCUUUUCGGGACUCGCUGUCCUUUUAGUUGAACGAAUGGGACGCCGAGGGUUGAUGCUCCUUUCAACAUUCAGUCAAUUUGUGUGUUUUCUAGCAAUCACCAUUUUGCUUCGUUAUACAGACAUGUACCCGGACAAUGACUCAUAUGGAUCUGCUUCGGUUGCUUUUAUAUUCCUAUUCCACGCGAGCUUUGGUGUUGGAAUGCUGGGCGUUCCUUGGCUGUAUCCGACAGAAAUCAACUCUCUGCCCAUGAGAACCAAGGGCGCAGCAAUCGCCACCGGAACUGACUGGCUCACUAAUUUCAUAAUUGUGGAAAUAACCCCCAUAGGGAUUCAAAAUAUUGGCUGGAGAUUUUGGAUUGUGUGGACAGUGACCAACUUUCUGUUCUUGCCCAUCAUAUACUUUCUUUAUCCAGAAACAGCCAAUCGGAGUCUUGAAGACAUUGAUGCUUAUUAUCGGACAAAACCGUCUCUCAUUGUGGUUGGGGAUCGUGAGGCAGUUUGCAGAGGUCGGCCACAGAGAUACGUUGAUCAUGAAGAGGCUGAAAUCAAGCGAACUGCUGCAGUUAAGGACAUUGAUCAACCGGUGCUUACCGACCAUGUGGAAUGGAGCACUGGAACUGGCAGGGACGGCGAGGAAUCUCUCUAG